AUGGCACACGCACUCAUCCUCGGCGCCUCGGGCAUCUCAGGCUGGUCCCUCCUCAACCAAGCCAGGACAUACCCCACGCCCACGACCUUUGUCCGCAUCACCGGCACCACGAACCGGGCAUUGACCCUCGAGGAGGCGCGGCUGCCUACUGAUGACCCCCGUUUGGCGAUCGUAUCUGGGAUCGAUUUCACGAGGGGCGUGGACGAUGUCGCGGCGGUGAUGAGGGAGACGAUUCCUGACAAGGAGACUGUUUCUCACGUCUCUUACACGGAAAGGGUGGGUGGGUUUGUUCUGGCAUCUGAAUUUUCUAACAGCGUCGGGGGGAUGAUGCAACCUACACGAGCACCAACGGUCCCGCGGACCAAACCGCAGCAGCCAACAACACGGUCCCCCGCUUGGUCCAGUGGUCUCAAGGCCCGUGCCACUUGUGUAAGGCGCCCUGGAGUGCCCUGA